AUGGAUGCUGCAGGUCGUUGCUACUUUCUUUUGGAAGACGCCGCGACGGUGUCCAACGCAGCCGUAUGGGUGUGUCGUUGUUUGAUAGAAGGCGGGACAGAUUGGGAAACAGUUUGCAACGAUCUUGAAUCGAUUGAAGUGCUAGUUCAGCAAUUAUCGCUUUCUGUAAAUUCGGCGGAGCUGCAGUUAUGGCAAGUGUUGUCUCGCGGUGCCCUUAAGAAGCUUUUUCGUCAACAAGAGAAGAAUAAAAGAAAGGAGCGCUGGCAACAUGACCUUGCUUGCACUGAAUUAUUUGAUUCAUCUGAAAAGGCGAAAGAUUUGGGCCGACGUUCGCUGCGCAAUCGUCAACUAGUCAAUUACGCAAAACUUGAUGGUUUAGAAGGAGAAGAUCUUGUUAAAAUCUCAGCUGAGAGUGAUUGUGAGGAAGACUUGUCUGAUGCUAGUAUCGAAAACGAUCCUGUAGGUGACACAGACGAAGAAUAUGAUGCUGACAAUAACAAUCUUCAGCCUCGACGGGCUGGACGUAACAGUGUUGAUUCGUUCAAGAGGCGAAGAUAUGACAGUCAUUCCACACAUAGAAGAAAGCGGCACUCGCCACACGAACGUAGUCAAUUGAAUCUGCGGCGCACAUUGGACAAAAAGUACGUGACUGGCUUUACGGCUAUCACAACUUGUUCCAGCACUGUCGUUAGCACGGAUAGGGUUGUUGUGCUGACCCCCACCUCACUACCCUCUUCCUCCACGUCAAAGCGGUUGGUCAUGCAGCCUCCCGUGCUUGAACCCACUCCGCUGUCCAGCGACAAUGGUCCUCUCAAGUCUGCCUUUGGCGAUGUAAUACACCGUGGAUGGCUUAAUUUAAAGACACGAAGUAUGGUGAACCCCAGUACAGAUGAUUUACAGUCUGGCCUAGUCAAGCCGAUGCGAUGUUACAAGGUACUUGGUGUCGCACCUUGGGAUGGCCGCCGCUUUGCUUUUUUAGUGAGCGUAAAGCAGGUAGAUGAUCAUGCAGACAAGGUAUUGGAGAUUGAUGGAAUGACUGCGACUUCAUCUAGUGACUGGAUUCAUCAUCUCAGAGUCCUGACGAGUCGUGGGGAGGAAGAGUUACCGUCAAGCACUCAGUCAACACCUUCGCUCGGUGAAACUGAUCAGAGCUCGGAGUCACCAUCAGAUGCUGCCGCGUUAUUUGUUACUAGCAAAAAAGAAGCGAAUUUGUGGGUCAAAGGAGCAUCAGUGCAUCGUGGGCUAUUAAAUGCAUCGGGCGAGAAUAAUUGUUUUUUGAAUGUAGUCAUUCAAAGUUUUUGGCACUUGACAUCUAUGCGGCAUUUCUUGCUGCAUGUGGAGGUAAAAGAUGAGUCGCGCUCAGUCGAAUCAAAUGUGUUACGAGCACUCAAAUCGAUGCUGAUGGAAUAUGAUGAUACUUCGAGUGGAGUGCUUCAUUCACGCGCUAUUCGUAAGGGUUUGAGUGUGCUAUACGCGGCGGACAAGAAUUUUCAGGAAGGAGCGAUGUACGAUGCCGAGGAAACACUGCUAGCUUUAUUGAAUCUGAUGCAUCAGCAGACAGACGCAACAGAAACUGAAGAGACACAAAAGACAACGAUGAUGGUUAAGUCGCUAGUUCGGCUCGUAAGUGCUGAAACGUCUGAAGAGAAGCCGCAAGCUGUUUUUGAUGAUAAUAGUAUCCCGCAUUUGGUCUUUUCACACCAGAUUUACGAUCGCUAUGUAUGUGGAAAGUGCAGCCACAGCUCACCGUAUAAUUUGUACUCAAACCUUGUAUAUUCUACAUAUGCGAGCGACUUGUAUGCCUGCAAGUACGAAUCGACGGAACACAUGUUCCGUCGGCUGACAGCUCAAGAGACAGAUGUAGCAUCAAAGUGUGAGGAAGUGGGCUGUAAUGGUAAGCUUGGGAAGGAGCGGGUGAUCCACCGUUUUCCCAUGGUGUUUGCAGUUUCCAUCCUUUGGGCCACGCAGAGUGCAACGAAAGAACAGGUGCAGGGGGUGAUGGAAAAUAUUGGCACCCGUGUAGAUUUGGCCAAAUGCUUUGAUGCUGCGGGACCGGUAAUUCGAUUCAAGAAUGGUGGCUUGCGUACCACGUACCGCUUGCGAGGGUUUGUUUGCUACUACGGGCGCCAUUAUGUAGCUGUAUUUUAUAGCACGGCCCACAAGAUGUGGUUGCUUUUCGAUGAUUCGCGGGUACUUGAGAUGGGUUGUUGGAGUAAUGUCGUAUCUGAGUGUUUGAAGGGCCGAUUUCAGCCGGUAUUGCUGUUUUACGAGCUGCCUGAUCACCGAAAAGACUCGUCUGUAGGUAUAUUUGUAAAUGAUGGCUCACUGAGUGAUGAGCGUCAAAAAAGCUUGUCUAUCAGUUCUCAGCCGGGUGACAUGAUGCCACCGUCGAUCAGAGAAGAAUCCUCGGAUAAUGAUAUGCCAUCUUCACGGCGACAAGAUGAUGGAGAACUGGACAGAGUUGAUGAAGAACUAGCGACAUUGUCAAGUGGACGGGGAACACAUGCGAUAACCGAGUUGGAAUAUAAUAUCGAUGUUGAGCUGGAAGAACUGAGUCGUCGUAGCUCCAUAUCACAAAACAUUACACCCGUUUCAGCGGCUAUCGCUAUGUGUCCCCGCUCCAUCUCUAUGAACGCGCCAUUAGGUGAAGAUGAAUACGAUGUGCGCUUUGGCGAGGCACUACUGCUUGGAUUGUACUUACAGAAGAUAGACAACGAGUUGUGCGUGACCAGCUUUCCACGCGGGGCCAAUGGUGGCUUAUUCAGUGCCGAGAAAUGUGGUCAAAUCGGUCUUUUUGACACUGUACUGCAGGCGAACGGCCAUCCGCUUCAGCAUUACCAGGUCGAUCGAGCUCUGAAAGUGAUCAAAGCUCAAACACGUCCCCUUGUGAUUCGAUUUCGGAGGUCAAAACGGGUGCAACAGCUACUCGAUGUGGGCUUUCCACGUGAGCUUGCAGUCGAGGCAUUGCAGAAAAAGAAAGGAGAUGUGCAAGCUGCUGCCAAUUAUUGUUUUGAAAAAUCACUAUGUUAA